CUUGUGUGUGUACUCGGACAUUCUAGAUACAAACACGCACACCUCUCUCUCUUUCCUCUUUUUCUCUCUCUACGUUUCUUCAAUCUCUCUCUCUCUCUCUCUCUCACAGUGCUUUCGCUACGCGAUCUCUUCAGUAACCCCACAAUUCCAAGCUUUCCAAACUUUCUCUUCCUCUCUCUUUCUACUGAGAUUUCUAGGGUUUUGCUUUUGCAUUUCCUGGGUUGAUUCACAUUCCAUAUCAGAGAUUAGCUCAUGUGCUUGAGCGAUGUGACGAUUCGAAUUCGAGUUAUUCUAAACAGUGUAUGAGUUCUGCUUGAUGUUUCACAAUUUUAGUUGCAGCCGUUCAGAAAGUCAUUGCUUGACUAAAGAAUAAACAGCAUGUCAUGAGCUAUAAUGAUGGGAGAUGUGGUUAGUUACUUUUCGACAGUUAUACAUUAGGUUAUUGUUGGGGAGCGGAUAUUACCAUCAAUUUUGUACCUGUAAGUGUAAAAAAACAUGCCUCAAUGGUGGGGGAAAUCAUCAUCUAAAGCAGCAAAGAAGAAAACAAGCGAGAGUUUCAUUGAUUCAUUACACCGAAAAUUUAAGAUUCCAUCUGAAUGUAAACCUGCCAGUAGAUCAGGAGCGUCUCGAAGACACAGCAGUGACACAGUUUCAGAAAAGGGGUCUCAUUCCAGAGCAGAAUCAAGGUCACCAUCACCUUCUAAACAAGUAUCAAGGUGUCAUAGUUUUAUUGAUAGGCCUCAUGCCCAUCCACUUCCGCUUCCAGGUGUGCACCCUGCUAACAUAAGUCGUACAGAUUCUGGAAUCAGUGUAUCGACAAAGCCAAGAUUGGAGAAAGGUUCCAAGCCAUCAUUAUUUCUGCCUCUCCCAAGACCUGCAUGCAUACGGAACAGGCCAGACCCUACAGAUUUAGAUGGAGAUGCAGUCGCCGCUUCUUUUUCUAGUGAAUGCUCUAUGGAGAGUGAUGAUCCUGCUGACUCACGGCAACGUAGUCCCCUGGCAUCUGACUAUGAAAAUGGUAGCAGAACUGCUACAGGGAGUCCUUCCAGCAUGAUGGUGAAGGACCAGUCCUCUGUCACGGAAAUAAAGUUGGGGGAGGCAAUAAAGCCAGCAAAUCAGGUCUCUCUUUCAUCGCCUAGAAGGAGGCCUUUGAGCAAUCAUGUGUCAAAUCUGCAGGUCCCUUGUCAUGGUACUUUCUGCAGUGCUCCAGAUAGCUCAAUGUCAAGUCCUUCCAGAAGUCCAAUGAGAGCAUUUGGAACCGAGCAAGUUAUAAAUUCUGCUUUCUGGGCUGGAAAGACGUAUCCAGAUCUUCCUUUACUUGGAUCUGGUCAUUGCUCCAGCCCGGGCUCAGGGCACAAUUCAGGGCAUAAUUCAAUGGGAGGCGAUAUGUCAGGACAAUUUCUUUGGCAGCCCAGCAGGGGUAGCCCAGAAUAUUCACCAAUUCCUAGUCCCCGGAUGACUAGCCCUGGCCGCAGCUCGAGAAUUCAUAGUGGUGCUGUCACACCACUUCAUCCUAGAGCUGGAGGGGCAGCCACUGAUGAUGGGAAACAACAAAGUCACUGGUUGCCUCUUCCACCUGUUACAAUUUCAAACUCUUCUCCAUACUCUCAUUCAAAUUCAGCAGCAACAUCUCCCUCCGUGCCACGAAGUCCAGGAAGGGCAGAGAAUCCAACCAGUCCUGGUUCUCGCUGGAAAAAAGGAAAGUUGCUGGGUAGAGGCACAUUUGGGCACGUUUAUGUUGGUUUUAAUAGUGAAAGUGGUGAAAUGUGUGCAAUGAAGGAGGUUACAUUAUUCUCAGAUGACGCAAAGUCAAAGGAAAGUGCAAAGCAGCUGGGACAAGAAAUUGCUUUAUUGAGUCGGUUAAGGCAUCCUAAUAUUGUGCAGUAUUACGGGUCUGAAUCAGUAGGUGAUAAACUUUAUAUUUAUUUGGAGUAUGUGUCUGGUGGUUCCAUCUACAAGCUUCUUCAAGACUAUGGGCAGUUCGGCGAAUUAGCAAUUCGUAGUUAUACUAAACAAAUCCUGUCAGGGCUUGCUUAUUUACAUGCUAAAAAUACAGUCCAUAGGGAUAUUAAAGGAGCAAAUAUCCUUGUGGACCCAAAUGGCCGUAUCAAAUUGGCUGAUUUUGGAAUGGCAAAGCAUAUCGCUGGGCAGUCAUGUCCAUUAUCAUUUAAGGGAAGUCCUUACUGGAUGGCACCUGAGGUUAUAAGGAAUUCAAGUGGUAACCUUGCUGUUGAUAUAUGGAGUCUUGGAUGCACUGUUUUGGAAAUGGCUACCUCAAAACCACCGUGGAGCCAGUAUGAAGGGGUGGCAGCCAUGUUUAAGAUUGGUAAUAGUAAAGACCUCCCUGCAAUUCCUGAUAACCUCUCAGAAGAAGGAAAGAAUUUUGUGAGGCAGUGUUUGCAACGUAAUCCACUGCAUCGUCCUACAGCUGCUCAACUUUUGGGGCACCCUUUUGUGAAAAAUGCUGCACCUUUGGAAAGACCAAUUAUAGAUCAUAAGCACACAGAUCCACCUGCUGGGGUUACAAAUGGAGUGAAAUCUCUGGGGAUUGGACAUGGAAGAAAUACUUCAAAAUUGGAUUCAGAAAGACUUGCUAUCCAUUCAUCAAGAGUUUCUAGAUCUGGUCUACAUUCCAGCGAAAUUCAAAUCCCAAGGAACAUAUCAUGCCCAGUCUCUCCGAUUGGGAGCCCUCUUUUAUAUCCACGAUCACCACAACAUUUGAAUGGAAGAUUGUCUCCUUCGCCUAUAUCUAGCCCGCGUACUGCGUCAGGCUCAUCCACGCCUCUCACAGGCGGAAGUGGUUCCAUCCCAUUUCAUCACCUUAAUCAAUCUGUUUAUUUGCAAGAGGGCUUUGGAAGCCAGCCAAAUCCCCAGCAGAAUCCCUACAUUAAUAGCCCAUCCUAUCAUAGUCCAAACCAUGAUAUAUUUCGAGGGAUGCAAUCAGGAUCACACAUUUUCAGGGAACACUUGUCUGGUGAAAGUGAGGCUCAUGGAAAGCAUUUUGGAAGACCUAUUCAUGGGGAAUUAUAUGAUGGACAGUCGGUCUUGGCUGAUCGUGUGAGUCAGCAGCUAUUGAGGGAACAAGUGAAGUUGAGUCCAUCUCUGGACCUCAGUUCCUGCUCUCUGUUGCCUGAUCGGACAAACGGAAUGUAACUUUGUUUGUUGCUAUGGAUCAUGGUUCAGGGAAAGCUCGCCAGACCUCUGUUUGUUUUCAGGUUUAGAAGAUUUAUUUAUUUGUCAUAUUACUGACUGUGAAAGAAGCUAAUUGUACAAUAAGGACCCAAGAUGGGAAAAUGAGAAACUAUGCAAUGGGAUGAGAUUUUUGGAAGAUGAGGGCUCACCUGCAGUGAUGAAUGUACACCCAUUUGUUCAAGUGAAGCCUGCUUCCCGGCAAACAGAAGAUGAUGAUGCUACAUCGGCUUGUACAAAGUUAAGAGCUCUUAAGCCUUAAUCUGACGCUUGACUGAUCUGAAAGUACGAAUGAUGAUUUUGAUGAGGAGAAGAUAGCUUUGAACGAUUAAAUGUAGAGCAGAUCCUUCGUAAGAGAACAAACUGUAAGUCACAUGGGAAGAGAGGAGCAAGCUAGAAAGUAGUUUCGAUAAUUAUUUUUGGGGGUGAAACUGCUGUAUAGAAAAUGGGGAAACUGAAUUAGGCUGGACAUUGUGAUUGUGUUGAUAAGGCAGUUGCAGAUUGGCUGAGCCUUAGCUUUUCUUUUUCUCACUACAGCUUAUUGCUGGCUAAAAGUUGUAACCCACCAAUUUAUACUGUUCUACCUGAUUUGUUGAUUGUAUGUUACCAUUUCAGGGAAUUAAAGAGAUCUAAUUCAGAAGUUUCAUUUUUCUGCUCA